GACACCAUAAUCUAAUUAUAGCAACUCACAACUAACUUGGCCACUUCAACCUCAAACACUUGCACAACAUACAGUUAAGUACUACUCAAGUGUAAUUAUGACUAAUCACUCAAAAUUUCAGGAUGAACUUUCCAAGAUCCUUGCAAUAAGAAAGGUGGAGCCUGAAGUGAUUGGGGAGUUGUUCCGUGUGUUUGUGCCAGAGAUUGUUGAAAUGGCAUUGGAGUUAUCUCCUAAAUGCAAAUGUUGUAAACUAUUGUUAAGUAGUUCGGAGUCACAAAGGUUCGAAUUGAAGUUCUUGGACAGGAUUUCUACCCCGGUUUUCACUGGACAGAAAAUCAAAGCAGAAGGAUGUGCCUCAAUCAGAGUGGCUUUAUAUGACUGUGCAACUGGAGCUGUUGUUACGUCAGGACGUGAAGCCAAUGCAAAUAUUGAACUAGUGGUUCUCCAGGGAGAUUCCGAUGGUCAUGGAGGAGAUAAUUUGACAGUUGAGGAGGACUUUGAGAAGAAGAUUGUCAAAACAAUAAAAGGAAAGAAAUCUUUACUCAAAGGAAACACUAUGUUGAAGCUCAAAGAAGGAUGUUGUGACAUAGGUGAGCUUUCUUUCAUUCAUAAUUCUGGCUGGGUGAAGAUCUGUCAGUUGUCACUUGCUGCAAGGGUUGUGGAUAACUUCCCUGGUACUACGAUACAGCCAGCAAUGACAGAGGGUUUCAUGCUUAAAGAUUCCCGAACCAAAUUAUAUUUGAAAAAAUAUCCACCAGCUUUAUCUGAUGAGAUAUGGAGAUUAAACAAGAUAGGCAAGAGAGGUACAUUUCGUGAGCGUUUGAGGGGAGAGAACAUAGAAAGCGUGGGGGAUUUUCUUAAACUCCUUGUUAUGGAACCUGAAAGACUUGAAAAUAUACUCAGAGCUCAUCCUAAAACAUGGGAUGCGAUAACAGAACACGCACGUACAUGUUUAAUUGAUGAAACUGUGCGAUAUUGUUAUCAUCCCGAUCCAGAACAUACACAUGGUGUGGUUUUUAAUGUUGUGGGAGAGUUGAAGGGAAUACUCAGGGAAUCCCAGAGUGUUCCUGUUGAUAGACUGUCUGAUUUAGAAAAGACGAAUGCCCGCAAGUUGGUGAUGCGUGCAUUUCAGCGAGGCGAAUUAACCCCUUAUAAUGAUGACAAUUCUUUCAUAAAAACCAGUCCUCCCUUUUCAGGGUCACUAGGGCAGAAGAAUCCUAAUGAAAAUACAGAUGAUUAUGCACAGCCUGCAGGUACCUUGCCUCAAGCUAACAUUCCAUCCAUUAGUUGUGUUGCUGAAUCAAGUAGGCCGGAUCAAGGUCGCAUUCGGAGUGAUGGUAGCAUGGACUUUCUUCAAGUGCUCCUUAAUUACCCAAUGUACAGUCCAGAGAGUGCUCAUCAUCACAGCAAUGACACCAUGCUGCCACCGUUAAUCAGCAACCAUCAAUGCCAGACCCCGAGCAUGUCGCAGGGUGAUCAAUCCACCCCCGGAAUCCUUCUUCUUAAUCCUCAGGCUAUUUCCACUAUCGAUGUCUGGCAAAGAUGGAGGAGAGUUCUUACUAUUCUGAAUGCAAUAGUGACAGUGAAGUCCAUCGGAGCCAUGGGAAGGUUUGGUGCUCAGAAAAAACGCAAGUUUUCUUCAAUGGUACACAAGUAAAACCUGGACAAGAAACAUUAUGUCACAUUUCUGCAAUUCUGCUGCUGCAAAACUAGGAAAGAAUUUGGUUCCCUAUUUGUUUACAUUGAAUUCGUUCUCUUUGUUAUAGUUCCUUAACAACUGUUCAUUUGUUCCUACUUAUUCUUCAUGUGUAAUUUCUUUUUGAAGCCUAAGCUUAUUGAUAUGUUGGACCACAUUGUUCAUACU